AUGGCAGAGUUGGAAAAUAUUAAUCCAAAUGUGUACAAAAAGUGUGAAGAUCGAAAGUUAACGAAGGACGAUGAGGACGAGGAUGUGGUGGAUCCGUUCGAUGAGCGAGAAAUUUUCGAUCUGAUACGAAACAUUAACGAUCCGGAACAUCCCCUAACUCUUGAGGAACUGCAUGUCCUGGAGCAAAGUCUAAUCACGGUGGAUAAUGAGAAAAGCACUGUUCAUAUCCUGUUCACACCGACGAUCCCACACUGUAGCAUGGCAACGCUGAUUGGAUUAUCGAUUCGCGUCAAGCUUCUUCGAGCAUUGCCUCCUCGAUUUAAGGUGUCGGUAGAAAUUAAUCCAGGCACACAUGCUUCCGAGCACGCCGUCAAUAAGCAGCUGACCGAUAAGGAACGUGUGGCGGCCGCACUGGAAAACACACAUCUGAUGGAAGUUAUCAAUCAGUGUAUCGGAAUGCCGUUGAAAUAA